AUGUCUACCCGAAGGCCCCAAUUCUCCCAGCAGCUGCUCAUUGACACCACUCCGUUGCCCGCCGAUAUUCCCGCUGUCAAGGAGGUCGGUGCCAGUUCUGCUCCUCUCCUCUCGGCCUCCUUCUUCAUCGGUGCUCGAUGCCGCGACUACAAUGACGAUUAUAUGCAAUGCAAGAACGAGAACCCUGGUCGAGGAGAACUUGAGUGCUUGAAAGAGGGCCGACGAGUUACCCGAUGUGCCUCCAGCGUUAUUAAGGAUAUCAACACUCACUGCCUGGCUGAGUUCCGCAAGCAUUGGGAGUGCCUCGACAAUCGAAAUCACCAGUUGUGGCAGUGCCGUCCUGCUGAGUGGAAGCUCAACAAGUGCGUCUACGACAAUCUGAAACUCGAGAAGAAGAUCCCCGAUCAGCCAACGAACUCGACCCCUGUUCACCUUCGACCAAAGCAGAUCUUCGCUGAUGUGCGCAUCGGGCCUGGAGACGGCAAGCCCUUCGUUCCGGGGCAGGAGGAUGCGCAACAAUAG